UUUGUUGACUAAAGUCGCUUUACGCCCUCAACGGCCUCAGCGAUACACUAUUGUUACCAGCUGCUUGUCACUCUUGUCAGUCGUAAGAGUCGCGCUUGUCCUUGUGUCCUGUGUGUAUGCGUGCUUCAAGAUGGCAGCGGCCAAUUCCAGUUUAACAAACGAACCAGUAGAACAAAAAGAAGAUGAAUUUAACGAAUUCUAUAGUGAGGUUAAAGAAAUUGAAAAGAGAGACUCAGUCCUCACACCUAAGCAACAAAUUGAUAGGUUACUGCGUCCCGGUUCUUCUUAUUUUAAUUUAAACCCAUUUGAAGUUCUUCAGAUAGAUCCAACGACAAAUAUUGAUGAAAUCAAAAAGAAAUAUAGACGUAUGUCGAUAUUGGUUCAUCCUGACAAAAAUCAAGAUGACGCAGAUAGAGCACAACAGGCUUUUGAAACUGUCAAUAAAGCAUGGAAAACACUGGAAAACGAAGAGACCAGAGCCAAGUGUAUGGAUGUUAUCGAAGAGGCAAAAGCAAGGACAGAUCACAACAUUUCUGAAAAGAAAAAGAAAAUGAAAAAAGAAGGAAAAUUGGCAAAUGAUGCCGUGUUGGAAGAAGAAACACCAGAAGGCUAUAAACACGCUGUGUAUGUAAUGACAAUGAAACUCUUUGCUGAUAUGGAACGUAGAAGACGAGACUUGGCUCAACGUGAUGCAGAGCAGAGGAAAAGAAAAAGAGAGGAAGAACUGACAGCUGAAGCACAAGCUGCUGUAGAUCGUGAAUGGCAAAAGAAUUUUGAAGAAUCUAGACAGUCUAGAGUAGAGAGUUGGAAAGCUUUCCAGUCUGGUUCUGGAGGACCAAAAAAAAAGAAAAAGGAAAAGAAAAUGAAAUCAUUUAGACCUCCAAAGACCAAAGCUGAAUCUCGAUCAUAAAGUAUUCAAGAAGUGUAAUAGUACAGGAUUACACAAAACAAGGAACUCUGUUCAAAUAACUAAAUAACUCAAUUAUAAUGUUAUUGAUCAAUUUAAUUAUUCCUGUAAUGUACAAAACAACAAAAUAUCAAAUAUGAUAUAAUGAAAUCUGAAUUUUUUGGAGUACAAUUGAUCGUUUGAUUGAUACUUUUAUAGUUAACGUUUUUAAAGAUGAAAUAAUUUCAAAUAAAUUUACAUUACUCCAAAAAAUUUAAAUUGUAACUAUAUACUCAAAAGUCUAAAGUGAGUAUAGAAUUAAAUUUGUGUAAGGUUGUGUGUAUCAUUCAUUACAAAAUAUCAAAAUGUCACUUCCUUUUUGUGGGUGCAACUACUUACUGAUGACGAUUGAUAGAAAUACAUGAAAAUGUUUUUGAAUAUAUGCAUAUGUUAGUUCAAAUUUUAACACGAGGAAGCAUGAAUAAAAUAUUAUAGAACGUUAGAUUAAGGUAAUGCCAACCAAACGGUAAUUAUAUUAAAUUUUUUUGUUAAAUAAAAGGUGAAAAUGAAGCAGAGAAAUAAUCUAUAAAUGUAAGUGCUUGUGUGUUAGUAAAUGAUACGUAAGAUUACAACAUUGUUUUAUUGAAUAAUUUUAAUACAUUAUGCUCCACACUAGAGAGUUAUUAACUUUGAUAGUUUUGAAUCAACUUUUUGUACAAAAAAUAUGACAAAUAUUUACUAAUUAAUAAUGUCAGCUGUGUAUUUCGUAAAAAUUAUUACUCAAAAUAAAAACUUAAAGAAAAAA